AUGGUGUCUUCCCCAGUACAAAACCUGAGUGAUUUUAUCAAAAACAGGCCCCCUGUAGUGGUCUUUCUAAUGUGUUUAGUGAUUUUAGCAGUUUCUACCUUUUAUUUUGCUUUUGAAAUCGAAAAAGAUGGACCAACGAUUGAUAGUGAUAAAAAACAUGACUGGAUCCAAAUGCUUAAACAUUUCAACAAAUUGGACACUUGCAUUAACACUUCUACAUGGUCCACUGACAUUAAUACAUUGGAUAAUGAGCAACAUUUCAAAGAUGAACUAAGCUUAGCCACAAAAGUUACUUUUGAAAAUGCUCAAGCUUUUAAAUCUUUGACUAGAUUGUAUGGAUCAUUGUCUUUAAAAGAAUGGUACUCGACUACUUGCCAAGAUCAAGACAAACUACCAAAAUUUGUAGAUAUAUUUUUCGAUGUUCCACCAUUACCAAAUGAUUUAAACGAAUCGAUAGAUGUGUGUGUUACUAUCAAAGGCCCUGCAGAACUAUUGCCAUUUUUUAAAGAGUCAUUAUGUAAACCAGCUGUUAUGAAUAAACAAACAAAGAUGGUGAAGGGAUUUUUCUCAUCCAAGCUUUCAAAAACUUCUGAUCCAUUUUUCUGCAAAAACGGCACCAUUACAAAAGUAAAGUUUGAUAUGACUGUGCCAGAAGUUCAAAACUACCUCAGUGAUGAUGUCAGGACACAGAUUUAUAUCCAUUUAAUGUGGUGCAGCUAUUUUUUGGUUUUUAUUAUAUUUGGAAUUUUGGUAUAUUCUAUUGUAAAGAAAUCAGACUAUUUGGAGCGUAAGGAACAAAGUGCUAGGCUACUUUAA